UGUGCGUCGCGCAUGGACUGUGUCAGCGGGGAUAAAAGUGCGUAAAAUUUUGACAGUUUUUUACGCACGGUUACACGAGCAGAGCUGGAGAGACGCGGAUACGCUGCCGGACGCACGAUGCUGAUCGGUACGUCAGCCCAGGGCAGCCCCCUCCUGGCUUCCCUCCCUGUCCCAGGACGGCCUCUGCAGCCCCAGCUUGACCUCAAACACCUGCUGCCCUUCAGACUCAAUGGCUCCUCUCCGCUCAGCCUGUUCCCUAACUUUAACACGAUGGACCCGGUCCAGAAGGCCGUGAUCAACCAUACAUUUGGCGUCCCUCAGCCCCUCAAGAAGAAACAGAUCAUCUCCUGCAACAUUUGCCACUUGCGCUUUAACUCGACGAACCAAGCAGAGGCCCACUACAAGGGCCACAAGCACGCCAGAAAACUCAAAGCCAUGGAGGCCCAGAAGAACAGGCAGCGACGAGCCGGGGAGGCCUCGUCCACAGGGAGGGAGCGAGACAGAGAGCGGGAUCGAGAUCGAGACCGGAGCAAGACGUCAACAUCCGAGGCAACACUUCCCGCUCUAAUGGAUACAAGCUUAGUGGAAGGUACAGGUCCUCAGUCUGAUGUGGAACCAGACAACCUAGAAAUGAAGCCAGAGAAGAGUCCAAGGAGCUCUGUGAUGCUGACCCUGGUGUCCGAGGUCUCCUCCGUAGAGUUGGUCACCAUGUCCUCUUCCCAGAUAUCCCCGUCCUCUCACCUCUCAGAGACGGCCUCAGACACCAGCUCCCCUGAAGCUCCUGAGGCAGCGGAGGCAGCAGAGGCCUCUGAGGCCGCAGGCCAGUCCACAGAGUCCGGCAGCCACGCAGACUCAUCUAGCACAAAUGGGGAGUCCCGCUCAGACGAGGACAAGGACCCCAAGAAGAGCAAGGCUCACCUACAUUGUCCUGUCUGUAAAGUUACUGUCAACUCACUUUCCCAACUGGAAGCACACAACAGUGGUACAAAGCACAAACUGAUGCUGGAGGGUCACAGUGUUCAGCCACGGCGCAGGGGGAAGGUGGUGGCAGCUCGAGCUGGCUGCAAGAGCAAGAGAUUGGGCAGCAAAGGCAGUGUGGGGGUGCCCAGCAAGAACUUUCAGUGCGAAGUGUGUGAGAUUUUUGUCAACUCAGAGACACAGCUGAGCCAGCACAUGAACAGCAGAAGGCACAAGGAUAGGCUGGCCGGAAAACCACCCAAACCCAAAUUUACCCCCCACAGCAAGAGCCAGCCGAGCUCCAGCUUAGCGAACGUGAGAUGGAGUGGCUAUGCAGGCGUGGCUGUGUCUGCCAUGAAGAAAGCAUUCAGCCAGUACAAUCUCACCUCCCUCUCCUCGCAGACCAAACUGGCCUUGCAGAAGCAGCUGACCAAGAGCUUGACAACUGGCUUCCUGCCCAGCCCCCUCACCCCGCCAACUCUGUGCACAGUGGCAACUAACCCACUGGCCCUGCGCCACCCAGUGGGCACCACCACCUUCAUCCAGACCCCCUUCCUGGGCCCCGCACUGUUCCGGCCCGCCCCUGGGCCGCUGCGAGCCACACACACACCCAUCAUCUUCUCCCCUUACUAAAGACUUAACCCCCUUACCCACAUAAGAUCCACCCCUGUCCCUUUACCAAACCCUAGGCCCUCCUCAAGUGUGACCUACAUGACAAAGGCCACACGCAAACUAUGCAGCCCGCCUGACUUACCGGAACAAGUGCACAAGUCCUGAUGCUCUGUGAAGAGCUGUUCUUAUCCUAAAGGCCAAGAUCCCCCAUCAUGCCUUCUUUCUGCUCCUCUUAUCAUGACCUAAGGAGCAGGACCGGCCUCCAGACAGUGACUGGUGCACAGAGGCCGCUUUUAUAGCCAUUUUAUGGGUCAUCAUGGUUCAGAUUAUGGAUAUUAUUGUGUAAUUUAUUAGAGAUCAAAUAUAGACAAGUCUAGAUGUAUGUUUAGUGUGGUUGCCACAAAAUAAGGUCCCUUUACUUGAUGCUCUUUUCAAAUGUUUUUAACUUAUUGGUGCGGGGGUUUGAUGGAUGGUGGGAGGAUUAUGGACCAUUUAAGCAGCUGAAGAGGCGGCAUUCAUCUGUAUAUGAACAGGUAGUCUAACUCAUCAGAGUUUCAACAAGUUUAAGAGGCAUCUGAGGUCAAAUCCUGUCACAUUUCAUCUUUGUAUGGCAAAUAUGAACUCUGGACAAAUACCACAUGUCAGCUUUUAACAUUAUUAGCCAUUAUUACAUGAAAACAUCUACAUACACACAUAUUACCAUAUUCUAAAUCCUAAUUCAUAUCAUUUAAACUGUUGGCUGUAUAAAAGAUGGACGAUGCAACUCCACCUCCUAGUAAAAACGUGAGCAAGACAGUCUGGCUGCAGACCAUUCAUUACUUUCAGAACAGAAAUACAUGCUAAACUUUCUAAAUAAACCUGAUUAAACUUCCAUCUAGGGUUAGGGUAAGGGUUAGGAAACCAAAAAGUCAAAAUGCUUACCCGAUAAACCUAUUUCAAAAAUGUUUAAGAAACACUCAAAGGAAGAAAGCUCACCCUCCAUGAGAACAUUGCAAUGCAGCCAGCAUAGCUUACACAGCUCCGUUAGCUGCAUGAGCUACCUAGAAAAUGUGUGAAGUGUUCAUAGCUUAAGCUAAGCUCUCAAAGCAGCUAUGCAUGCUACAUAUCUACGUUUUCUGUGUAGCAAAGUUAGCUUUAACUAUAUUCAAUAAAGCUCACGUUGCUAAAGAUAACUUUUCUGAAGAUAAUGGAACGAUGUAGUUAACUGGGCAAAGGCUAAGCUCACAAAGCAGCUAUGUAAGCUACAUAUUAUAUUAACUAUGUAGCUAUGUUAGCCUUAUUUAUGUUUGCUAAAGCUACAAUGAUAAAGCUAACUUAGUUAAAGAUAACAAUACUUUGUAGCUAAUAUAGCUAAAGCUAACCUCACAAAGCAGUUUUGUAAGCUACAUAUCUACAUUACCUAUGUUGCUUACAAAACUGCUUUAGCUACAUUUGCUAAAGCUAACUUAGGUAAAGUUAAUGGAACUACAUAGCCAACAUAGCUAAAGCUAAACUCACAACACAGCUAUGUAAGCUAGGUAUCUAUGUUAUCUACAUUGCGCCUGCAUUGUACCAGCCAAUUUUGGCACUCCCUUUUGUGAGAUACAUGAUGUCUCAAUUCGUUCUUUGAGAGUGACCAUCAGAAAUAUACGGUCUUUAGCCAUGCACCUCUCAAUGUGAAACCAAAAUACCAGCUAUUGGGUGCUGUAGGGAUUGGCUUAUAGAAGUCAGGACUGUCCAGAGCAAAACAGACUCUUGUUUCAAUUUGUAGCAAUCUUAUUAGUUUUUGUUUCCUGUCCUUUCUCCCCUCUGCUAAUCCAGAACACAUAGCACAGCAGGAGCCACACAAGUCAACUGAACUGUCAACUAUGGUAUUAUACCCUUUAUAUAAAAAAAUAACUCUGGGACAUGAUAUCGUUUUGUAAGAGCUAGCUCAAAAUAAAGACACCAUGUCUGAUAAAUAUGUAUUUGACAUGUAUUUUGAUAGCCUUAUUUUCUUCUUUUCCCAAUUGUUAACAUGGAGGAGGUGGAGCGAAUCAGUCAUGAGGAUUUUUAUGUCGUCCAUCUUUUUAUAAAGUCUAUAUUUGCCUUCCCUAACACUCCUUCCCUGAGCCCUUGACUUACAUAAUUAAAACAUUUCUUGCUCUCUUUAUUUUCUGAGUCACUGCCACAGUCAGAUUACUUUCCCGCUCCUGUAUCCUCAGGAUUAAGCACUCAUUAAGGUCUAGAAAAGGUCAACUUGUCAGCUCGCCUUUGCUUCAAUUUGCAGAUCUGUCUUCUUUUUGGAGUGAUUUUUCCUUUUGCUUCAGUGCAUCAUUUGUGCAGUGCUGCUUCGACGCUCUGCUCCUGCCAAGCUGGCGGCAUGACAACAUGUUUGCAGUUUCAUAUGUCUCGCAUUGCAAAAAUGACAUUUUUGGGUUUUUUUAUCCCCCCUUGUGACUGCUCUUUUUCUUUCCCUCCUUCCCCCCCUCUGUCCUCACCUUCUCUGUGGCGCAUGAGACGAUGAUGAAGAGCAAGAACCCCCUUUCUUACGAGAUAAUCGCACAAACAAUAAACAAAACAGAUGACUUGAUGGGAUUUCUGAGGGAAAGUUUGGGUGACAGUGGGUGGGGCGGCUGCUCAGCUGGUGCUUGAUUGACAUCCUGUUGCAGAGUAUGGACACAGCGUGGGAGGUAACAAAGCACAGUGCCAUGGCAACCACAUUAAAAGCACCUUAAAACUGAUUUACUUACAAAAGCAAUGAAAAUUUGUGUUAAUGUUCACCUUUUUUUGCUGUAGGUGUGUGUUCAUUUUUCCCAAUCCAAUGUCGGUGAGAGUUUUGCUUUGAGAAAAAAAAAACAAUCAGGUGAAAAUGCUCACUUUAAGAAAAGUCCCACAUUUAAAGCAAUACAUUCGAUAUGUUUUAUUUACAAUGUGUUUCUAGUGUGUCAAUGGCUUUAUCUAUUCUAUACUGUACACACCUGUAACAAUGUAUGAUGUACUUCAACACAGCCAAGGGCCAUUCUGAACAGUCAGCAGGGAGUCGUUUGAAAUGUCUGACAGUGCCGCCCUCGACGCUUGCAGUCAGUCUUGAGUGUUGGGACUCCAGGCUGACAAGUUUCCCUUCGCAGCUGCUCCCAGAAAAAGGGUGCUUCAGCGCCAUAUGACAUUGUUGUUUCCCUUUCAAAUGGAGCGGGAAGAAAACUUUUGUACGACUUCCACUGAGCAAAACAUUGUUACGUCAGAGACAAGUGUUUGGGAUUGAGUGUCACAAGUGCAACAUCGACUGUCAUAUCGCUGUUCAUGCCGUGUGCUGUCUCUCUUCCCUCCUCUCCCGCACAGGAAAUCGACUGCACCCGCUCCCCUCCCCCCUCUCUGCCAAAUCGGACUCUUGGCAAGGUCUCAUAAGGACUUGAGGCAUCAUCCUCCCGUCAUACCAAAUCAUGUUCUCUUAAAUUACAGCAAUCCUAUGCAUCUCUCAUUGUGCAAUAUGUAAACUCGUCUGUGAUGCAGCAGUGCCAUCUGUCGUACGAACCCUGUUAUUGCCAUUCAGUGCUAGUGCUUUUGCAGAACAUCUCAUCAGAUCUAUAUUUCUGUUUAAGGAUCCCCUAAGUGUUUCUGGGUAAUCAAUCUGCCAUAUUGAUGUGACCCCCCCCCCAGUCUCACUACUCAGUGAACCAGCCAGCCUUUAAUCUUCACUGUUUGUUUGUUUCUAUCAUUCAGUGGGAACUCUGACUGUAAGAAGUGAAACUUUCUUAAAAUAAAGACUCUAGAGAAGGCAAAUUAUAUGUAGAAUCAUAGAGUAACUAUAGAGAUUUUAUCAGAGUUACUAUUGUUAUCUGUAUCAUAACUGCUAUCAUAGAAGAGGGUAGAUUAUGUUAUUGUAGGCUCUGUGCAGCAUACAUGAAGAGGAAAAAGUAUUUCUUUCUUUGUUUAUUUACGUGGUUUUACAAAUAUGUUUUUUUAAGUACAAGAGGCGAUAUUUAAAAGCUUUUUUUCUCUCUCCUUGUUGGUUAAUAAUAUAAUUCAAGGCCUUUUUAAGACAAUAUCCUAAAGUCACAUUAGCCAGGCCUUCUCAGGGGUGACAGGUUGAGCAAAUGCUAACAUGACCAUCCAUUCAGGGUAUCCCUCCAUGGCUCAAGAGAGCAGGAAACACUGUACGCAUGGAUGGAGUGACAAAAAAACUUACAGUGCUGUA